AGCGUGGACGUCAGGCGGCCGAGCCUCCAGGGCCAUGAGAAGCCAAGCUUCCGGCCUUCCCCUCCCCCUCCUGGCAGCGAUCCUGCUGGCCCCAACACCUGCCCCAUUCCCGGCCCCAGACCCCGUUGUCCCUGGCGCCCCACUUUCUCCAGCCGAAUACGAGCGCUUCUUCUCAGCACUGACCCCAGCCUGGAAAGCGGAGACUGCCUGCCGCCUCCGGGCAACCCAGGGCUGCCAGAACCACAAACUUGUUCAAUUGGAUCAAUAUGAGAACCACGGCACCCUGCCCCAGGGCUCUGUCUGCACAGACCUACCUUAUGCUUCCUGGUUUGAGUCCUUCUGUCAGUUUACCCAGUACCGUUGCUCCAACCGACUCUACUAUGCCAAGAGGGUCUUGUGCUCCCCGUCACCCCCACCUCUCUCAUCCCCUGAGACCUUUACCGAGAUGGACAGCACAACAGUCCCUCUUAGCCUGCCCCAUGUCACAACAGAAGAGACACUGAGCCCUGAAACUUAUCUGCCCUGGCAUGAGCAGGUUCACACUGACAUGGGGGAGCUACUACAGUCUUCCCUCUCUUUGGAAAGGAAGAAGAGUGAGGCUCACACAAAAUCUCCCAAUCUCCCCUUCACCAGCCAAGUGAGAGAGGAGGACCCUAGCCCUGCAGUAAUCGAGGGCAUCAGGGAACUCAUUCGAUCAGCCCAGGCCCUGGGGGGCCAGAACAAGACCACCCAAGAGGAUGAAAAUGAUUCUUCUGGAAGCACUUUCCCCACCCCUCCUCAGACAUCUUUCCCAAGUCUUCUCUCUCUGCAUGGGGAGGAGGCCCUGUUGGUAUUGUGUUACGCAAUCCUUUCAAGCAGCUGCCCUGCUAUCCCUGUGACCAAAGCCUGGCAACAUAUUGAAGAACAGAUUUAUGGCUUCGGGAACACGGUGUGUGACAGCCUCGGGCGACGACACAUGGACACUUGCCAGUUUUGUGCAUUCUGCUCCCUGAAGCUAGAGCAGUGCCAGUCAGAAGCAUCUCUGAAGCGGGAGCCUUGCAAUGAAGCCCACAGUGAAGAGUUUCUCAGCCCCCUGCUCUCUGCCCAGGCUACCACCACAGGCAUCCAGGUGGGCCCUAAAAUGGAGGGCCGGUAUUAUGGCCUGGAGUUGUUUGGGGGGCUUCGAAUGGACUUCUGGUGUGGUCGGCUGGCUAUGAAGGGCUGUGAGGACACCCGAGUCUCUAGCUGGCUGCAGACUGAGUUCCUCUCUUUCCAGGAUGGAGAUUACCCCUCCAAGCCUGUCUGUACCUCUCUAUCCCAUGGAAAGGGUUACCUCCAUCAUCCUGGAAGACCCCUCCCGGGAAGAAGGCAAAUGGAUUGCUCUUCGUGCAAGAGGCUGAAUGUGAUUUGUGGGUGCUUUCCAGAAGUGUUGGAACAAAGGACAACCCUGCCCUCCUCGCUUAUCUCAGCAAUGCGCAGAGCCCAGCCCAGCUCAGAGGGCACUGAGAUGGAGCACAGGGACCUACUGGACAGAGGCAUCAUGAUCCAGUUGGAAAGAACACUAUUUGUCAUCAGAUGACUUAGGAUCAAAUCCUAUUUCUGUCGUUACCUGUAUGACUCUUGGGGUCUCAGAUUCCUCAUCUGUAAAAUGAGGAGUGAAAAGGGGACUCUUUUACAACUCUUACCAAGUCUAAAUCUAUGAUUCUAUGAUUCUCACACCUUAAUCUCCGGAUCUCAUCAUGAAAAAAAUCUGAAGAAGGAAGAAAAAGUCUCAACUAUGAUACUUGUAUGAAAGAACUCCUCUUGUCUGACCCACAGCUUCCUUGUUGUGCUCUGGAUGCCAUUACAUUUUUUCUCCAACUCGUGUGCCUGCAAUAACCUUCCCGGGUAUCCAUCUCCAUCUCUGCCCCCAAUUCCACCUUCACUUUUGUAUUAACACAGCCCUUUAUGCACAUCAGCGUGUGCAAGCUCUCUGGAGCACCAUCACCCACACGUAUGUACACACAAAUGCCCUGCUUCCUCUUCCCUGUUUCAUAAAGUUAGUCUGAUUAUGAGUUACAUGAAGUCCAUUUAUGUGAGGAACUGCUUUGCACUCUGACUUUCUCUAGAGUUUAGGAAAAUAGUGGGCUCGGACAGCAGCAAUCUACAUUAGCACACUAGACUUUCUUAUUUCAUUUUCAGGGCUUGUUGGGUCCCCUCCCUACUCCCUGAGAAGAUUCAUCAAAAAUAUAUAUUUAGUCCACAGAACACAGGAAAAAUGCUCUGGGGUGUUCCUGUGUUGGAAGAAGGGGGAAAGAAACCUCUACUGA